UGUGAAAGUCUUGAAGAAUAACUCAUUGAUCAAUCCUUACAAGCCAUAGAGUUUCUCGUGCCAACCCUUCUAAGAAGUUACUCGCGGAAAACCUGCGCUGUUCUCCGUAAACGUCAAUUUCGUGUUUUCGCUUGGACAUACAAACAGGGCAGCUGCAAUGUGGAUUCAGGUGCGCACAAUGGAUGGACGGGAGACCCACCGGGUGGAUUCCCUGUCGAAGCUCACCAAGGUGGACGAACUGCGUCUCAAAAUCUCAGAGCUCUUUAAAGUCGAGCCAGAGAGGCAGAGGCUGUUCUACCGUGGCAAGCAGAUGGAGGACGGCCAUACCAUAUUCGACUACAACGUGGGUCUAAACGACAUAGUGCAGCUGCUUGUGAGGCAGAAAAUGUCUGCUGUUGAUGUCGUCAAAAGCAAGGACAAGGAAGCCGAGCUUUCUGACUCUGAUUCUGGUUGUGGCUCAACCCAGAGCGAGUCUGACAAGAGCUCCACUCAUGGAGAGGUAGAAGGUCAGACUGCUAGCACCUCCUCCCAGACAAACACCCCAGAGCUCGUCGAUCCGGGGUUUGGAUUGUACAAGAUCAAUGAGCUGGUGGAUGCAAGGGACUUGAACAUGGGGGCUUGGUUUGAGGCCCAGAUUGUGAAUGUUACCAAGACAACAAAGACUCCUAAAGAGGAGGCCGCUGAGGAGGUGUCCGCUGAGGAGAUCCUGUACCAUGUGAAAUAUGAAGACUACCCAGAGAAUGGAGUCAUUCAGUUGCUCGGUAAGGAUGUUCGCCCGCGCGCCAGAACGGUGUAUCAAUGGCACCAGCUGGAGCCAGAAAUGGUCAUCAUGGUAAACUACAACCCAGACGACCCCAAAGAGCGGGGUUACUGGUAUGAUGCCGUGAUCGAGAAGAAGAGGGAGACGCGCACUGUGCGAGAAAUCUAUGCAAAGAUUAUCCUCGGGGAUGCUGGUGACUCUAUUAAUGAUUGCCGGAUCAUGUUCCUGACUGAAAUCUAUAAGAUCGAGGAGCCUGGUUCUCCAGGUGAUGCCCCAGCUGGAUCUGAGAGUCCCUUAAAAAGAUCAAAUGGACCGGAGUGCAAGCACUGUAAGGAUGAUCCCAAGAAAAACUGUCAGUGGUGUAACUGCCAUAUCUGCGGCAUCAAGCAGGAUCCUGACAAACAGUUGCUGUGUGAUGAAUGUGACAUGGCCUUUCACACUUACUGCCUCAACCCUCCGCUCACCACCAUCCCUGAAGACGAGGACUGGUAUUGCCCAGGUUGCCGUAAUGAUGCCAGUGAGGUUGUGUUGGCUGGCGAGAAGCUGAAGGAAAGCAAGAAGAAGUCUAAGAUGGCUUCUGCCAGCUCCUCGAGCCAGAGGGACUGGGGCAAGGGAAUGGCCUGUGUUGGUCGAACAAAGCAGUGCACGAUUGUCCCAUCCAACCAUUAUGGACCAAUCCCUGGUGUCCCGGUUGGCUCCAUGUGGAAGUUCAGAGUGCAGGUCAGUGAAUCAGGAGUCCACAGGCCUCAUGUGGCUGGGAUUCACGGCAGGAGCAAUGACGGAGCCUACUCUCUGGUGCUGGCAGGAGGAUAUGAAGAUGACGUGGAUGAUGGUAAUGAAUUCACUUACACUGGCUCUGGGGGACGAGAUCUGUCUGGAAACAAGAGGACUGCUGAGCAAUCGUGUGAUCAGACACUUACACACAUGAACCGGGCGGUGGCUCUCAACUGCAACGUCCCAGUCAAUGACAAAAACGGAGCGGAGUCAAAGAGCUGGAAACAAGGAAAACCGGUUCGAGUUGUGCGCAGUUGCAAAGGCCGCAAGCACAGUAAAUACUCCCCUGAGGAAGGCAACCGAUAUGAUGGCAUAUAUAAGGUGGUGAAGUACUGGCCAGCAAAGGGCAAGUCUGGCUUCCUGGUCUGGCGGUACCUGCUGAGGCGUGACGACGAUGAGCCGGCUCCAUGGACCAGAGAUGGCAAAGAGCGCAUCAAGAAGCUCGGCCUCACCAUUCAGUAUCCUGCUGGCUAUCAGAAAGAGAAGGAGAACAAAGAUGAAGUGGAGGAAGAGGCGGCGACACCCAGCAAGGCAAAGAGGAAGAGAAAAUCUCAAGGCAGCGAUUCCUCAAAAACCCCACCAGGCAGAACUCCUAAGAAAGUUAAGUUAGAGGUGUACAAGCUUACCCAGGAGCAGAAAUCCCUCAUCAAGAAUGACAAGCAAAACAAGAAGGUUUGGGAUGAAGCCAUGGAGUCACUGUCUCUUGGGCCGAAAUUCUUAAACAAAGUUGAAGAAAUUUUCCAUUGCAUUUGCUGCCAGGAAGUGGUCUAUCAGCCCGUUACCACAGAAUGCCAACACAAUGUUUGCAGGGAAUGCCUCCAGCGGUCAUUCAGAGCAGAUGUGUACACCUGCCCGGCAUGCAGGCACGACAUGGGCAAAAACUACCCCAUGACGGUCAACAAAUCCCUGCAAGAUAUUCUAAAUCAAUUUUUCCCAGGGUACAGCAGUGGCCGAUGAUCAUUGGUUCUGCCAAUUCAGCGCUCAAGGAAUAUCAAGUUAAACUGUAAGGGGAGUUUUCAGUAGAGGCAAUAAAGAAUCAGUUUCUCUUAAUAUAUUUUUAUGACUAUAAAACUGCAAUUUGUGGACUUCAAUGCUACCGUUUUCACCUUGGCUUUGCCAUAAUGUGUAGAUAGAUAGAUCAAAAUUUCCUUAAACUGUAUCAUUACUCCGUUAAUAUCUUUCGCCGAGACCCAGCAGUUUAUUUGUUCCACAAUCUAAUGCUAAUUUUAUCCUUUUAUUGUAAAUGUUUUAAUCCAAUUCCUCCACGUUAGCACUCCUCUUUGAAUGUUGACUCAAACUUUUUGCUCAACUUGUUUGGGUAUUUUUUAUUUGAAUCUGAAUUUGUUCUGUUCGUAUAGGAUUGGUUAUUUUGAUGCAUUUAAAAAUAAUCAAGACUGCAGUAAGUGUUUAUAAUUGGAUUACGUUCACAUCUGAUCUUAAAACAUCUGAUAAGGAACUUAAACACAGAAUACAGCAAGUGUCCUUUGAAAGCAAUCAUUUCCCUUUUUUGUUUGCACAUCGACUGGACGAUUCAAACUACAAUAAGGUUAAUGCACGUCACGUCCUGUGUGAAGGGUCCUGUACUCUUCUCCACUUUACUUGUAUCUAUUUGGGUUCAAUAGACAAAUUAUUAACAUAAUCUUGGCAAACUCGAGGACCAAAUGUGACCUUAUUUUGAAAUAAUCCGAUGAUUGAAAUUACACCAGUUUGGCAAGUGGACGAAGCUGCCCCAUUCGGUCUGGAUGAUGCCUGACAUACAAGCACAAUCUGGACACGUCCGUUUUUGUUUUUGAGGUUGAGCUGUCUGAGAGUUUCUUGUUGGGGAAUGGUGUCAUCAAGUGGUUGGAUUUUCUAACCAUUGUAUUGGUUCCUUAUAUAUGUUCAUACAAUAACGUUAUACCUGUUUAUGAAGUUUGGGAGAUUUGUCUUGAAAGUAAACAUGGAUUUUUAAAAACUUAAAAGCUAGACACUAUACUAUGGUAAAGAUUUAAAUUUUCCCUGUUUUGAAAAGUUACUUUGUUAAAGUCCAAAGAAACAAGUGCUUAACCAAGGGUGAAUGUAGGAAUCUCAUCCAUUUAGAUCAAACCUGACUGAGUCUAGAAACUUUAUUUGUCCUUUUUCUCUAAACUUUAAUUUUGUACCAUUUCAUCUCUAAUGAAGUAAUCCAUUACUGCCAUCUGUGGGGAAAGGGUGUUCAAUCAAAUUUGUGUCUCUUGUCGUCACGUGUAAUACCAGACCUCUAUUUAAAAACAAAUGUUUGCGUCAAGAUGAAAUGUUAAGAAAAUUC